AGUGGCAACGCCAGCCUUGCGCCCUUGCUGUUUACAAAAAUCACGGUCGACUUUUACGGAAAUUGCAAUUAUUAGCGCAACAAGUUGCCGUGUAAAAGCAGGCGAUUGGAGCCAGGUUAUCCUUCCCCAAAAUGCCGGACAUCAAGAUAACGCCGCUGGGCGCCGGCCAGGAUGUGGGCCGCAGCUGCUUGCUGCUUUCGAUGGGCGGCAAGAACAUAAUGCUCGACUGCGGGAUGCAUAUGGGCUAUAACGAUGAGCGACGAUUCCCGGAUUUUUCCUAUAUAGUGCCGGAGGGACCGAUCACCAGCCACAUCGACUGCGUGAUCAUCUCCCACUUCCACCUAGAUCACUGUGGUGCUUUGCCCUACAUGUCCGAAAUUGUGGGCUACACCGGACCCAUCUACAUGACGCACCCAACCAAGGCCAUUGCACCCAUUCUCCUUGAAGACAUGCGCAAGGUGGCCGUGGAGCGCAAGGGCGAGUCGAACUUCUUCACCACCCAGAUGAUCAAGGACUGCAUGAAAAAGGUGAUACCAGUCACGCUCCACCAGAGCAUGAUGGUGGACACGGAUCUGGAGAUAAAAGCCUACUACGCGGGUCAUGUCUUAGGUGCCGCCAUGUUUUGGAUCAAGGUGGGCUCCCAGAGCGUUGUCUACACGGGGGAUUACAAUAUGACCCCGGAUAGGCAUCUCGGCGCCGCGUGGAUAGACAAGUGUCGGCCGGAUUUGCUUAUCUCCGAGAGCACCUACGCAACCACAAUAAGGGAUUCAAAGCGCUGUCGCGAAAGGGACUUUCUCAAGAAAGUGCACGAGUGCGUGGCGAAGGGUGGCAAGGUUCUGAUCCCCGUUUUCGCAUUAGGUCGCGCACAGGAAUUGUGCAUUCUGCUGGAAACCUACUGGGAGCGCAUGAACCUGAAGUACCCCAUCUACUUUGCCCUGGGUCUCACAGAAAAGGCCAACACCUAUUACAAAAUGUUUAUCACCUGGACGAACCAAAAGAUCCGAAAGACCUUUGUCCAUCGGAACAUGUUUGAUUUUAAGCACAUCAAGCCAUUUGACAAGGCCUAUAUUGAUAAUCCUGGAGCAAUGGUGGUGUUUGCCACGCCGGGAAUGCUGCACGCGGGUCUCUCCCUGCAGAUUUUCAAGAAGUGGGCGCCCAACGAGAAUAACAUGGUGAUUAUGCCCGGCUAUUGUGUGCAGGGAACCGUGGGCAACAAGAUCCUUGGAGGCGCCAAGAAGGUAGAGUUCGAGAACCGCCAGGUUGUGGAAGUCAAAAUGGCCGUGGAGUACAUGAGUUUUUCGGCCCAUGCCGAUGCCAAAGGCAUUAUGCAGCUAAUCCAGAACUGUGAGCCAAAGAACGUAAUGCUCGUCCAUGGUGAAGCAGAAAAGAUGAAGUUCCUGCGAUCGAAGAUCAAAGACGAGUUUAACCUGGAAACCUACAUGCCGGCCAAUGGCGAGACCUGUGUAAUUUCCACGCCCGUCAAAAUACCCGUAGAUGCUUCUGUUUCGCUGUUAAAAGCCGAGGCCCGAUCAUAUAACGCUCAACCGCCAGAUCCCAAGCGACGGCGGCUCAUCCACGGCGUCCUUGUGAUGAAGGACAAUCGAAUAAUGCUGCAAAACCUGACCGAUGCCCUAAAGGAGAUCGGCAUUAACCGGCAUGUGAUGCGAUUCACUUCCAAGGUCAAGAUGGACGAUCCUGGACCCAUGAUCCGAACUAGUGAAAGGCUCAAAACUCUUCUCGAAGAAAAGCUGGCCGGUUGGACAGUGACGAUGCAGGAAAAUGGCUCCAUAGCCAUUGAAUCCGUUGAGGUGAAGGUGGAGGAGGACGAGAAAGACCCGAAGCAGAAGACAAUUUUGAUAUCCUGGACCAACCAGGACGAGGACAUUGGAGCCUAUAUACUGAAUGUGCUCCAGAAUAUGUGCUAAGCAAAGAGCGAAGCAUCCCAAUGAAAUCCCAUGCCUUAAUUCCAUAGAUAAGCACAAAGUGUAGUUGUCAUUUUCUAAAAUUGAAAUGUGGGUUGAAAUAUACGUAAAUAAUCCAAUAA